AUGUCUGCCCGCCAGACUGUCAUUCUGCCGCUGCCACAGGAGGUGGUCGCUCAGAUCAAAUCGUCGACCGCUAUUGUUUCUUUAACUGACGUCGUACUGGGACUGUUGGGGAACGCUCUGGACGCAAAAGCUUCCAAAGUAGAGGCAACGGUUGACUUUGCUCGUGGAGGAUGCUUCGUCGAGGACAAUGGUCUCGGUAUUGCCCCCUCCGAGUUUCGUGAGGAAGGGGGCUUGGGGAAGUUGUACUGCACCUCCAGAUAUUUCUCUGAGGAUGAAUGCCUCGGCCGCAACGGCACCUUUCUCGCAUCCCUCGGUGCCAUGUCCCUUCUGACCAUUGCCUCUCGUCACCACGAGCAUCGAUCGCAUAACUCAUUGUCGCUGCAUCAUUCUACAAUCAUCGAUCGGCAACUACCAGCUUCGUCAGUACACGAGCUUCACGGAAAACAUGGCACCCGCGUGACAGUGCGUAAUCUAUUCGGGAACCUCCCUGUGAGGGUCAAGCAGAGAGGCCUUGCGGCAGAACAGAGGACAGAGUACGAUCGUUUGUGGGAGAUCCUGAAACGGGAAAUUACGGGUUUGAUGCUCAGCUGGCACAAGCCCGUUUCUCUGCGGGUCCGAGAUGCGGGCGGUAAAACGUCCCUCAGCCUCUCUACUGCAGGUCAGAAUAAACACGGCACAAGGAGACGCCCUUCCCGGCUUCAUUCUGUGCUCAAUGUCCUCACGCAAGCGAGCUACAUCCAUCACGACGAGUGGCCCUCAUGGGUUCCUGUAUCUGCGUCCACUUCUACCAUCUGUAUAGAGGGCGCUAUUUCGCGCGAUCCUGCGCCUAGCAAGCGUGUCCAAUUCAUCUCACUCGGUGUUACUCCAUUGAGUGCCGACACCGGGCGCAAUGAACUUUAUGACGAGGUCAAUCGCUUAUUCGCUCUGUCUAGCUUCGGCAUUGUCGAGAACGGCUUAGCUGUGGACGAGGAUGAGAAAAUUCAAAGACAAGACGACAAUCGCUUCAAGCAUGACGGGUACGCAAAUAAGCAAGUGAAAGCGCGAAAGGGCGUUGACCGAUACCCCAUGUUCCAUUUGCGCAUGUCCUUUCCACACCAAAACCACUCGAACCGAACCGACACUCUCUUCAGUGAAGAUCAAGCAAACCUUAGCAUCGUCAUGGAGGUUUUGAAAGCUAUGAUCACUGAGUGGCUAGCUGUCCAUCACUUUCAACCUCGCAAAGCGUCGUCAAAGCAUGCUCAUCGAUCAAGUUCGGGCACGUCUUCCAAGCAUGCCGAGCACGAUGAGACUGCGUUAUCAGGUCACCAAACACGCCCAGUCGGGCCUAUCUCUCGAACUUGUACUGUAUCGACCCCACCAAUGUCUAAAUUAGCAGAGACAGACAGCCGCAAGAGAAAACGGUCACAAGCACCUUUCAACAAGAAAGGCGCGGAACGAGAUCAUCACUUAGCUUUCCGUGAUUGGUCUCGCAUCAAGAGCGGCAACGCUACUCAUCUGGGCAAUUUAGGUAUAAAGAGAGACGUUUGGACGUCACAACAGGUAACGAACCAUCCGAGCUCAAAUGUUCAAGAUUCUACCGCUCCGUACUUCGCCAAAUUCAAUGUUAUUCCAGUACCUGCGGGGUUCUCAGACGGCGUUACAAGGCCUGAUAUCUCAGCAACAGAAGUUCGCUGUGUAGACGAGGGCAAAUACGACGAAGCGGUUCCCUGGACAGACCCGAUAACCAAGCAAACGUACUUCCUGAACACUCGAACGGGCUGCGUGCUCCCACGCCCUCUGGCUAGGCCUCAGACCGACCUUUCUCCACAUGUCCGCGGAAGCACACUCAGCGAUUUUAACAAGUCCCUACGCUUAUGUCCGACAUCGACCACACCAAGUAUCGAGUCAAACACUUGGCUCAAUGGCUUCCUGAGAACGUGGGAUAAUCCAGUUUUCAAGCCUGCUGAAACAAAGAUUCAGCAAGCCCUCCUUCACAAAGAUGGAAACGGCCAUGACUGCAAUCAUAGCAAUCAUAGCAAUCACUUCGGCAGACGGAGUCACAAUGACGAAACUAUCCAUGCAUUGUCGACGUCUAAUGCGAGUAAGCUAUCUAGGGCCGGUCUUGAGAAUGCCGAAGUCAUGGCUCAGCUUGAUAGGAAGUUUAUUCUCGUCAAGAUGGGGUCAUGUGAAGGUAACACCGAAGUGUUGGGUGCUAAUGGGCAUAUACUGGUUCUAAUUGACCAACACGCGGCGGACGAACGCACGCGUGUGGAAUCCUUGCUCACAGAGAUGUGUGCGCCAUUGUCGAAGGGUAUCCAAAACUACCGUACCAAGCUGGGCCAUGAGUCGCAUAUAGCUUGUUCUAUUCUGGGUAAGCCAAUCCAUUUUGCGCUAUCUGCCCUAGAACAGGGGCAAUUCAAGAGACAUGCUGCAAAAUUCGCAACUUGGGGUAUCUUAUACGAUGUGGGAACCUCAACAACUUCAUCGAUGAAGAGUCAAUCGACCCUCUCCGUGACAGCCUUGCCACCAGUGAUAUCCGAGCGAUGCAAAGCAGAUCCGCAAGUUCUUAUCGCCUUUCUCCGCACCACUGUUUGGAAGUACGCAGAUGCUGUCCGCCUUCCUCUGCCUGCAGACGAGUGGGAGAGACGAGGUGGACCUUCGAACGACCGAGCAGCAUGGGUUAGACGUAUUGCUAGCUGUCCGGAGGGUCUGAUCGAUCUGGUUAAUUCGCGCGCCUGCCGGUCGGCCAUUAUGUUCAACGAUGAGCUCAGCAUGGAAGAAUGCAGAGAACUGGUGCGGAAGCUAUGUAAAUGCGUGUUUCCAUUCAUGUGCGCCCAUGGUCGGCCUAGUAUGGUCCCUCUGGUGGACAUUGCUUCGGCGCUGGGCUCGGACAGCGCGACAGACACCGAAGGAGCUGGUGACUUUAUCACUAUUUGGAAGCGACGGCAAAUGAAGUAG